GGUUGUUUCUCAGCGACGUUAAGACGGGAUGGGGCAUGGGGUGGAAGGUGGGAGACAAAUGCAGCACUGCGUUAGGUAUCGAGUGCGACGCUUCAGGCAUGAUCACCUGGAUGGAUCUUUGGAGCAACAAUCUCACGGGCUCCAUUCCCGACAGCAUCUCUGCGCUCACGGCACUCGAACACCUGCAUCUUUGGAGCAACAAUCUCACGGGUCCCAUUCCCGAUAGCAUCUCUGCGCUCACGGCACUCAAACACCUGAGAUUUACCAGCAACAGUCUCACAGGCUCCAUUCCUGACAGUAUCUCUGCGUUGAAGGAACUCACAUUGCUGGAUCUUAGCAGCAACAGUCUCACAGGCUCCAUUCCUGACAGUAUCUCUGCGUUGAAGGAACUCACUGGGCUGGAUCUCAGGAACAACAGUCUCACGGGCUCCAUACCCGCCAGCAUCUCUGCGCUCACGGCACUCGCAUUGUUGAGACUCAGCAAUAACAAUCGCACGGGCUCUGUUCCUGACAAUAUCUCUACGCUGAAGGAACUCACAGGGCUGGAUUUUAGGAACAACAGUCUCACGGGCUCCAUUUCCGACAGCAUCUCUGUGCUCACGGCACUCAAAUUGUUGGAUCUUAGCAGCAACAGUCUCACGGGCUCCAUUUUUGACAGCAUCUCUGCGCUUACGGCACUCAUAAUGCUGGAUGUUGGGAGCAACAGUCUCACGGGCUCCAUUCUCGACAGCAUCUCUGCGCUCACGGCACUCGACUUCCUGAGACUCAGCAAUAACUAUCUCACAGGCUCUGUUCCUGACAGUAUCUCUACACUGAAGGAACUCACAAGGCUGGAUUUUAGGAACAACAGUCUCACGGGCUCCAUACCCGCCAGCAUCUCUGCGCUCACGGCACUCGCAGUGUUGAGACUCAGCAGUAACAAUCUCACCGGCUCUGUUCCUGACACUAUCUCUACGCUGAAGGAACUCAUAAGGCUGGAUGUUGGGAGCAACAGUCUUACAGGCUCCAUUCUCGACAGCAUCUCUGCGCUCACGGCACUCGAUUUCCU